AUGGGCAGCCCUGCAUUUUCGUUUGAGCCUUCGCGAUGUCUUGCCCUGAGUGUGGGGACGCUGAGGGCGCCUGCGCCUGCGGCACCCGGUACUCUGAGGUGCUGGUGGAACAGCAAGGCUUUGUCCGCGCGCCGGCUGCUGGCAAGAAGUUGCAGAACACCUACCACCCCUACUACAUCGCGCGGCUACGGGAGCACAACCAGAAAGCAGUGCGGCUCCAUGUGCGCAUUCAGAAGUGGCGGGUGGCGCUGGGGAAGCUCUGCGGCCAGCUGCGCCUGCAGAGCGUCAUCCAGGAUGCCGCGCUGCGAUUGGUGCAGGGCCAGCUGAGUCGGCGCUUUCAGGGCACCAAGGAAUCCCACAAACGCCUGGGCUGCGCCUGCCUGCUCAUCGCUGCGUCCCAACACUCCCUAGGCCUCACCCUGGAUGAGGUCGCCUGCCGCUGCGAGGUGAAGGCCAACUUGCUGCAGCGCAUGGUCUGGAAGGUUUGCCGCGACAACGGCGUUCAAGUCUCCAGGAGCCAGGCAAACGCGGAAGCGCUGGUGGGCCGCAUCUGCCAGCAUCUCAACGUGGCGCAAGCAGGCGGCGUUACAGCCUACGCCGGCAAGGUGAUGUCCAUCGCGAACCAAGGCUGGGUCUGCACGGGGCGGCGCUGGGGCUUUGUGGUGGCUGCCGCGUUCAUGUUGGCGGCCCAAGCCUUUUACUACCACAUCGAGGUGCAGGAGGUGGCGCGUUUCCUUUGCAUCGGCGCCGGCACCAUCCAGAAGCGCCUCGAGGAGAUCAAGAAGGUGAUCCUUUCGGUGAUGCAGCACCUGCCCUGGGGGCACAUGAUUGAGGCGGAUAACAUGCACGUGUAUUUGCCCUUCGCCCUGCAGCACUGGGACGUAUUGGCGCCCGCCGCCCCUUUGCUGCGGAAGCAGAAGCUGGACGCGCAGCAAAGGCGCCACAAGGCCUUGCUCGCCUUGACAGAGUCCAAGUUGCCUCUGGAAGGCCCUUCCGAGUCCCGAAAACGGAGCAGAUCCAGAGAUCCAACCGACGCGCCGGCGAAAGGCAAGUUGCAAAAGCUCAAGAAGAUCGCAAAGGAGGAUGAAGAUGCCAGCGCGCCUGCCUCAGACUGGGCCGAAAGGCAGAGGGCCCUCGGAGUCCGCCUUGCGGCCCUGGAUGCCUUGGCUGCAGUGGCGGGAGGCAGCCGGCAGCUGAAGGACGCGGCGCUCCUCUCAGACUUUCAGACAGGCUCCUCUGAGGCGCUCUACCUCAUACUGGACGAGGAUGACGCGGCAUUCUCGGUAGUGCGGGACGCCGCCGCCGAGAUCUUGGAACAUUUAGACCUCGAGGAGCAAGAAGCUGAGGAGGAAGAGCAUGAGCUUCAGGAGCUGCAGCCGCAGCAGGCGGAGGAGGUUCGUGAGAACAUCCCAAAGGAGCUGGGGCUUCAAGAAAUGGCUCGUUGA